AUGGAUGGAGAUUUUAUCAUCGGGGGAUCUUUCCCGCUUCAUGCCUUCGUGGACACAAUUUACAAUAACUACAUGAGCAUGCCUGAGUCUGUGAAAUGCAAAAGGAGCAUUCACACCCGUGGGCUGCACUUCUCACGUGCAAUGGUCUUUGCCAUAGAAGAGAUCAACAACAGCACAGAGCUGCUGCCAGGAAUCAGGCUUGGGUAUCAGAUUUAUGACUCAUGUGCAUCAGUGCCUGUGGCAGUGCAUGUGGCAUUUCAGUUUUUGAAUAGCUUUGACCCUGUGUUGUACACUGAUAACAAUUGCUCUCAAUCUGGUAUGGUGGUAGCUGUUGUUGGUGACUCUGACUCUACGACAUCCAUCAGCAUCUCACGGCUUAUCAGUUCCUUUAACAUUCCUCAAGUGAGCCACUUUGCCACAUGUGCAUGUUUGUCUGACAAACAGCAGUACCCCAAUUUUUUCAGAACAAUCCCCAGUGACCAGUUCCAAGCUGAAGCACUAGCCAAGCUGAUAAAACACUUUGGCUGGACUUGGAUAGGUGCUGUCCGGUCAGAUUCAGAUUAUGGAAAUAAUGGCAUGGCAUCUUUUCUAGAAGCAGCACAGAGAGAGGGGAUCUGUGUGGAAUACUCUGUGUCUUUCUUAUGGACCCACCCACAGAGCAGGAUUCAGAGAGUAGCAGAUGUUAUCCGCAGGUCUAAAGCUGUGGUUGUUGUGGCAUUUGUAUCUUUUGGAAACAUGAAGAUUCUGUUGGAGGAGCUUUCACGUGAGCCUUUCCCACCUCGCCAGUGGAUAGGCAGUGAGGCAUGGCUAACCAACACAGAAUUAACAAGGUUCACUUUCUGUGCUGGGGCCAUUGGAUUUGGGAUUCCAACGUCUGUAAUCCCGGGUUUCAGAGACUUCCUGCUGAAUCUCUCUUUCUCUGAAGUUGCUGCUUCCCCAGUGUUUACAGAGUUCUGGGAGGACGCAUUCAACUGUACACUGAACAAAAUUCCUGCUGCAGACAAGAAGGUGUGUGAUGGAACUGAAGACAUACAGAAUCUCCAAAGCCAGUACACUGACACAUCUGAGCUCAGAAUUACUAAUAUGGUGUACAAGGCUGUGUAUGCAAUAGCACACGCCAUCCAUAAUGCAGUGUGUAAAGGGAAAAAUGCCACAGCUACAUGUGUCAAACUAAUGAACAUAGAACCCAGACAGGUUUUAACUCAGUUAAAGAAAGUAAAAUUUUCCCAGAAUGGUUAUGAUGUGUCAUUUAAUGCUAAUGGGGAUCCUGUGGCUGUUUAUGAGCUGGUUAAUUGGCAAAAAAGUGAAAGUGGCAUCACUAAAAUAGUAACUGUUGGGCUUUAUGAUGCAUCACUGCCAGUGGGCCAGGAGUUCAGAAUUAAUAGAAACAUAACCUGGAUGGAGCAUAGCACAAAGUAAUGAGUGCCAGUGUCAGUGUGCAGUGACAGCUGUCCUCCAGGAACUCGUAAAGUGCUACAGAAAGGAAAACCCACCUGCUGCUAUGACUGUAUACUGUGUCCUGAGGGAGAGAUAAGUAAUACUACAGAUUCUGCUGAUUGUUUACCAUGCUACAAGGAAUUUUGGCCUAAUGCAAAGAGAGACACUUGCAUUCCUAAGCCUGUAGAAUUUCUUUCUUUUCAAGACAGCCUAGGAAUCAUCCUGGCUACAGUCUCAGCUGUUGGUGCUUGUCUGGCCAUUAUCACUGCAGCUAUAUUUUUUUGUCACAGGACAACUCCAAUUGUCAGAGCCAACAACUCUGAGCUGAGCUUCCUGCUGCUCAUCUCUCUGACUCUGUGUUUCUUAUGUUCAUUAACUUUCAUUGGAGCACCAUCUGAGUGGUCCUGCAUGCUGCGUCACACUUCAUUUGGUAUCACCUUUGUUCUCUGUAUUUCCUGUGUGCUUGGGAAAACUAUAGUGGUUUUAAUGGCUUUUAAAGCUACACUUCCAGGUAGUAAUGUGAUGAAAUGGUUUGGUCCUCCACAGCAGAGAAUGACUGUCAUGUGUUUCACAUUUAUUCAAGUUUUAAUAUGUACGAUUUGGCUGGUACUUAGCCCUCCCUUUCCUAUGAAAAAUCUAACCACAUACAAGGAGAAAAUCAUACUGGAAUGUGCUUUGGGUUCAGCUUUUGGCUUCUGGGCUGUGCUUGGGUAUAUAGGCUUACUGGCUUCAUUUUGCUUUGUCUUAGCUGUCUUAGCACGUAAAUUACCUGAUAAUUUUAACGAAGCCAAACUCAUCACUUUCAGUAUGCUGAUAUUCUGCGCAGUGUGGAUCACCUUUAUCCCAGCAUAUGUCAGCUCUCCUGGGAAAUUCACUGUGGUUGUGGAGAUAUUUGCCAUUCUGGCUUCCAGCUUUGGACUAAUGAUGUGUAUAUUUGCUCCAAAAUGUUUUAUCAUAUUAUUUAAGCCGGAGAACAACACCAAGAAAUAUUUAAUGAACAAAAAUCAAUCAUAG